CCGGGCUGGAAGACGUGGCAGCUCAUCGCCGUGCGCACCGGCACCGUCGGCGCCAUCGCGGCCGGCGGCGUCGCCGCCUACGUCAACCGCGAGGCCAUCAUCUCGGGCCUCCGCAGCCUCAACAAGGACUCCGUCAGGGAAGGGUACCAGCAGGGCAUCGGCGCCCUCGGCCAGGGCCUCGCCUACAUCAACCGCGGCACGGUCGGCCAGUCGUUCGCCUGGCUCUCGGACCACUUCACCUUCGUCGGCGCGCUCCUCAAGCAGAAGGAGCUCAACCGGCGCCUCGAGCGCAUGGGCGCGCUCAAGGGCGUGGGCAUCCACGACUUUUACGCCUCGCUCGGCGAGAACGGGUACUGGCAGGGCGGCUACUUCGUCCCCGAGAGGACCUUCUGCGCCGUCCCGGACGAGGGCCACGCGGCCUCGUCCAUCUUCUCGCGCCAGGUGCUGCGCGAGGUCGACGACGAGGUGCAGGCGCACAUGAGCAUGUUCGAGCCGGAGAAGCACAAGGGCUACGAGAAGAUGACCGAGGACGCGGCCGAACUGGUCUUCCGGUGGUUCGGCAGCGACGAGCCGCUCGUCGACGACGCCAAGUUCCGCGACGCGCCGCCCGAAGAGGCCGCCGAGGACCACGAGGUCGAGGAGACGCUCGAGAAGGCCAUCUCCAACACGACGGAGCAAGAGGCGCCCGAGGCGUCCGCCGAGAAGGCGGACGACGCCGACGCGUCGAGGCCGCCGUCGGACGGGCUGCCCGACGAGUCGCCCAUCGACAUCGCCGCGGCGGCGUCGCUCGUGCCCCUGCCGGCGGACGGCGAGGGCGACCUGGUCGGGGACGCCAGCGCCGAGAACAUGACGACCGAGGAGAAGCGGUCGUACAUGCAGCACCUCUUCCAGAUCGCCCAGUCGACCGGCACGGGCGUCAAGGGCUGGUGGCCCAACAAGAUGCCCAACAUGCCCAGCAUGCCGAGCAUGCCCAACAUGCCGUCCAUGCCCAAGGUCCCCGCCUCCGUGUCGUCCCUGGGCCAGGUCUCGAUGCCGAGCGUGAGCAUCUGGAGGAAGUCCACGCCGUCGCAGACCCCGACGCCCGCCGGCGACGACAAGAAGGAGGACGCCGCGGAUGCGAAGACCGACGGAGAGAUCGAGCAUGACGCAAGCGCCGAGGGGGACAAGAAGGACGUCGAAGGCCCCGGGGGCGCCAAGCAGGAGGCCGACAAGGGCCCCGAAGGAGCGGGAAACGAGGUAGCCAAGGCGGCGGCGGCGACUGGUGCCCUGGAGACGGCGGAUGAGGCCAGCGACGACAAGUCGAAGAGAUGAGCGAGCGAGUGAGACGAGGGCCGAACUUGCUUGGAAGCACACACGCACGAGUAUUCUAUAGGUAUUUAAUUGUGAAUGACUUACGCUUUAGUUGAACUGCACCGCGUUCGAUCCUUGAAGGACACGACACUUGCGAUGCUGAUGAUGUGAUUCAUGUCUGCCCAUAGCGAAGCAUUGGUUCAAACAAACAGGCUUUGUGCGGGGGACUCUGAUGCAAUGGUCUCAAACAAAGAAUCACUCACUUGUGACGAAUAACAAGAUCGCAUUCAUGUAGGUGGUUUACUGCAUAUCGAGAUACGGCAAGGUUGUGCUGAUAGAAGGGAGCAAAAUGUAAAAUAAAAUAAAUGCAUAAAAAAGCCAAAACAAUUGAUUUCGCCCGGACUUGAACCGGAGACCUUCAGUGUGUUAGACUGACGUGAUAACCAACUACACCACGAAACCAGCUUCUUGGGAUCAAUCUACCUCUUCCUA